AUGAUCCGCCAUUGCGUCCGCGCACGAACGCUGGUGGCGGCCGCCGCCCUGGCACUCUUCAUUGUAUGGACUCUAUCACGACCAUAUAUCCCCAGAGAGCCGAAGCAUACUCCACACAGCUUCUGGCGGGAGUUCCAUUCCCUACUGGAGGAGCACAAUCCAGGCACAGCACCCAUCAUCGAGAGGGAGAAAGCGCCAACACAAGGCUUCAACGCCAAAAAUGCACCGACACGCCCUGAUUUCCUGGACGUCUCACAGGAAGACCUGAUAAAAAUGAAGAAAGCGCAUACCGGGUUCCUAAGCGCACUCACUAAUCCACCCAAACCCCCCUACAAGUCCAACACCAAAGGCAUCGUCUCAACGGCCGGCGGACCCUAUUUGCCAGUGCUGGUAAUAUCACUCCGCAUGCUGCGCCAAACGGGGUCCAAGCUUCCAAUGGAAGUAUUCCUAGCCACUGAAGCAGAAUAUGAGCCCUACAUUUGUGAUGUGGUCCUCCCGUCCCUGAAUGCGCGCUGCGUGAUCCUCUCCAAGAUUCUCAGCGCAUCGCCAACCAAGAUCGAAAAAUACCAGUUCAAGCCCUUUGCCAUACUAUUCUCCUCUUUCGAAGAUAUCCUCUUUUUAGACGCCGAUGCCUUUCCCCUUGAGAAACCAGACCUCCUCUUCAACAAUCACCCUUUCACUUCAACCGGCCUCCUCACAUGGCCUGAUUUCUGGGCCUCCUCCAUUUCUCCCCUCUUCUAUCUAAUUGCUGGCUUCACUGCCCCACCCAUGAACAUCCGCCAGUCCACCGAGUCCGGCGAGGUCCUACUCUCCAAAAAGUCACAUCUUCGAACCCUCUUGUUAUGCACGUACUACAACUUCCACGGCCCGACGCACUACUAUCCACUCUUGUCACAAGGCGCCGCCGGCGAAGGCGACAAGGAAACAUUCCUCGCUGCUGCCAUGGCAGUCCAUGAGCCCUUCUAUCAGGUCAGCGAGUCGAUAUGCGCACUCGGACACGGGACGAAGGGCGGCCUUGCGGGCUCGGCAAUGGCGCAGUUUAAUCCGAUUCAGGACUAUGCACUUACGAGUCAGGGCUUGUGGCGUGUUAAGGGGGAUGAAGCACCUGCGCCGGAUGUGUUUUUCAUACAUGCCAAUUUUCCAAAGUUCAACCCUGCCACUAUCUUUGAAGAUCACGAGGUGAAUCCAGCUUUCACGGAUGAGGGUGAGUAUACGAGGGCCUGGACGAUACCUGAGGAAGUGGUUGCUGGGCUUAACAGGAAGGUUGAUUUAGAGAGAGUAUUUUGGAAGGAAAUUCUAUGGACAGCCUGUGAGCUGGAGCAUAAGUUUGAGAGCUGGAAUGGGCACGAUGGGAUCUGUGCGGGUGUGAAGGAUUACUGGAGAGCUGUGUUUGGCGGUUGA